AUGUCUAUCGAUUUCCCUGCCGAGGAGGUGAACAUCCUCACCAGGUGGAGGGAGAUCAAUGCCUUCAGAAGGCAGGUUGAGCUUUCUCAGGGCCGCAAACCUUAUACCUUCUACGAUGGCCCUCCGUUCGCGACCGGCAUGCCUCACUAUGGUCACUUGCUGGCCUCCACUAUCAAGGAUAUUAUCCCCAGAUAUUGGUCUAUGAAGGGCCACUAUGUCGAACGUCGAUUCGGUUGGGAUACCCACGGUGUGCCCAUUGAAUAUGAGAUCGACAAGAAGUUGGGCAUGUCGGGUCUGGAGGCCGUUGAAAAACUCGGAAUUGAAAAAUACAACGAGGAGUGCCGCGCCAUUGUCAUGAGAUAUGCUUCGGAAUGGCGUGAGACUAUCGAUAGACUGGGUCGUUGGAUUGAUUUCGACAAUGACUACAAGACUAUGAACACGGAGUUCAUGGAGUCCGUUUGGUGGGUUUUCAAGCAAUUGUUUGAUAAGGACCUUGUCUAUAGAGGAUACCGUGUCAUGCCCUACUCCACCGCUCUCAACACCCCUCUCUCCAACUUUGAAGCCCAACAAAAUUACAAGGAUGUGCAAGAUCCUGCAGUUGUCGUAUCUUUUCCCUUGGUGAACGACCCCGAGACUUGCUUGCUCGCAUGGACCACCACUCCUUGGACACUCCCUUCGAACACCGGUCUCUCGGUCAAUCCCAACUUCGAAUACGUCAAGAUCCUUGAUGAAGCUUCUGGAAAGCAUUACAUCCUCCUUGAAUCGCUGCUCCGGACCCUCUACAAGGACCCCAAGAAGGCCAAGUUCAAGAUCGUUGAUCGGCUUAAGGGAUCGGCGAUGAAGGACUGGAAGUACGUUCCUCUCUUCGACUACUUCUAUGAGGAAUUUAAGGACUACGGGUUCCGCGUCUUGAAUGCCGAAUACGUCACGGCUGAUGACGGUACUGGUGUUGUCCACCAGUCCCCUGCCUUUGGUGAGGACGAUUACAGGGUCGCCAUGGAGUCCGGCGUUAUCGACGAGAAGCGUAAUCCUCCUAACCCCGUCGAUGAACGUGGUAUUUACACGGCCGAGGUCCGGGAUUUCGCCGGUCAGCAUGUCAAGGCUGCCGACAAAGCCAUCAUUAAGCACUUGAAGGGAACUGGCCGCCUGAUCGUUGAUAGCCAGAUCACUCACAGUUACCCAUUCUGUUGGCGUUCGGAUACCCCGUUGAUCUACCGGGCCGUCCCUGCCUGGUUCAUCAAGAUCCCUCAGAUCAUCCCCCAAAUGCUCGAGGGCAUUGAGGGCUCUCACUGGGUGCCCUCUUUCGUCAAGGAGAAGCGGUUCGCCAGCUGGAUUCAAAACGCCCGAGACUGGAACGUCUCUAGAAACAGAUUCUGGGGUACCCCGCUCCCUCUGUGGGUUAGUGACGAUUUCAAGGAGGUUGUGGCUGUUGGCAGCGCUGAGCAGCUCAAGGAACUGAGCGGCUACCAAGGCGAGCUCACCGACCUUCACCGUGACAAGGUGGACAACAUCACCAUCCCGAGCAAGCAGGGCAAGGGCGAACUUCGUCGUGUUCCUGAAGUUUUUGAUUGCUGGUUCGAAUCGGGUAGCAUGCCGUACGCCUCGCAACACUACCCCUUCGAAAACAAGGAGCAAUUUGAGCAGAGCUUCCCCGGUGACUUCAUCGCUGAGGGACUGGACCAGACCCGUGGAUGGUUCUACACUUUGACUGUCCUGGGUACCCAUCUCUUUGGCAAAUUGCCGUUCAAGAACUGUGUCGUCAACGGAAUUGUCCUUGCUGAGGAUGGAAAGAAGAUGUCCAAGAGAUUGAAGAACUACCCCGAUCCCUCUUUGAUCAUGGAUCGGUAUGGCUCGGAUGCUCUUCGACUGUAUUUGAUCAACUCUCCCGUCGUCCGCGCAGAGCCCCUCCGUUUCAAGGAAACGGGUGUCAAGGAGGUGGUUGCCAAGGUUCUUCUUCCUCUGUGGAACAGCUACAAAUUCUUCGAAGGCCAGGUCGCCCUUCUUAAGAAGACCGAGAACAUCGACUACGAGUUCGACCCCAAGGCGGAGGCCACGAACACUAAUGUUAUGGAUCGCUGGAUCCUGGCAAGUUGCCAAAGUCUUCUCAAGUUUGUGAAUGAGGAGAUGGCAGGCUAUCGCCUGUACACUGUCGUUCCUCGCCUGCUUGGACUUAUCGAGAACACCACCAACUGGUACAUCCGGUUCAACCGGAGACGUCUCAAGGGUGAGAACGGCGUUAACGAUACCCUGCACGCCUUGAACACCUUGUUCGAAGUUCUUUACACCCUGGUCAGAGGGCUCGCACCUUUCACACCUUUCAUCACCGAUACCAUCUACCUGCGACUCCUUCCCCACAUCCCUGAAGCGCUCCGCGGCGAAGAUAGCCGAAGUGUCCACUUCCUUCCUUUCCCCGAGGUGCGUGAGGAGCUCUUCGACGAGGUUGUCGAGCGGAGAGUGUCCCGGAUGCAGAGAGUUAUUGAGAUGGGACGUACCUCCCGAGAGCGUCGCAUGGUCGGAUUGAAGACUCCUCUGAAGUCCCUCGUUGUGAUCCACCAGGACCAGCAGUAUCUGGACGACGUCAAAUCCCUCGAGGGCUAUAUACUUGAGGAACUGAACGUUCUUGAAGUAGUCUUGUCUACAGAUGAGGAGAAGUACAACGUCCAGUACAGUGUUACUGCUGACUGGCCUACUCUUGGAAAGAAACUGAAGAAGGACGUCCAGAAGGUUAAGAAGGCGCUCCCCUCUUUCACUAGUGAGGACGUUAAGAAGUACGUGGCCGACAAGAAGAUUGUCGUUGACGGCAUUGAGCUUUUCGAGGGUGACCUGGUGGUGAAGCGCGGUAUCAAGGAAGACCCAUCCUCCCAGGGCAUGGAGCCUAACAACGAUGUGGACGUUAUGACUAUCCUGGAUGUCAACCUUUACCCGGAAUUGGCGCAUCAAGGAUUGGGCCGCGAGAUCAUCAACCGUGUGCAGCGUCUUCGUAAGAAGGCUGGUCUGGUCCCCACCGAUGACGUGGUCAUGGCUUACACGGUUCUUUCGGACCCUGAGAACAUCGGUCUCAACGAUGCUUUUGACUCGCAGUCUGGCGCUAUUGAGAAGGUUCUGCGUAGACCGCUCGACCGACAAACGCCCGUUGACGGCAAGGCCCCCGGCGGUGAUGAUGACCGCGUGAUCAUGCAGGAAGAGCAGGAAGUUCAAAAAGCGACGUUUUUGUUGAAGCUGCUUAAGCUUUAG